UUUAAUAAAGAAAUAAAUGUUCUUAAUGUGGUAAAAACAGAAAAUAGAGUAUGUGUAGGUAAUUUUGUUUCUUAAAUAAAUUAACGCUCUUAACUAGGCCAAAAUGGAAAGUUUGGAUACAUAUGGUUGUUUUAUAUGUUACUAGUUUUAAUGUUUAUGCUAUUGUAAGGGUUGACAAUUAUUUUUCUUAUGUUAAAGACAAAAGUGGAUGUGAUGCUACGAGAAUCAAUCCAGAGUUUGUGGACAACAAUGGGAUGACAUUUUGGAAGUUACAAAGUUACAAUGACGAAUCGGUUCUUCUGGUGCAAGAUAUGAAGAUACAAGAUGAAACUGCUACUUUACCUGAAGAAAGCUGGUUUGUUUACGGUCUUCCAGAGAAGGACGAGAUUGAUAAAUAUAUAUCUUCAAGGGCUAAAAGACUUAAGAGUCUCAAUUCUCAAAAAAGUUUGUAGGAGUUUAUGUUUAAUGUUAAUUGUUCUUAAUAGCAUACUGCUGGCAAAAACCCUCAUUCCAUAUGGGUCUUCUUUCAGUGGAGUAAUGGUAUUGUAUUAAUGAUGAGACUCUUGUAAAUUUAUCUACUAAUAACUAUAUAUUGCUAAGAUUCUUUUUA